CUUAAUUGCUUCAGGAUUUGUGCGCCGACAAUGAGUGAAUAUUACAAAUUGCCAUAGAAGGGCAAUUGGAGGAAGUUGCACAAAAAUGUAACAUGGCGUAGUUUUGUUUGCGCAAGCCAUAACCGGACGUAGCAGUCCAUGACUGGAGCCUCAUUGUCAGUUAAAAAAUCAGGACACAUUAAAAUGUUCAUUCUGGAGAUCAAUUUGAUUUCAAAAAUUUUUGUGCUACUGUUGUUGGUAGAAUUCGUCGCGACGGUCAAGUCAUGUCCGCGAGUGCCGCAAAUAAACGCUACUGACAUUAAACAUCCCCUUCAGAGGUGCAUUUCUCAAUGUCUUGGCCUCCCCAGCUUCACCAAAAACUGCACCAUAAACUACAAAACGGGUGGAUUUUUGGAUGAGCCCUGUCGAGUGAGGAAGCCCUUUGAACCAACAUGGGCCAAGACCGAUCAGAAGAUUAUGGUCUGCCUUUUGGAUGAACUAUUGGACCCUUUUGACUCAAUAAAAAUGCUGCAGCUUAAUUUUUGUACGCACUUAUCGAUCGGGCCGUGGUUUUUCUACGAUCCAGACACAAACAAGAUCAGUCCACGCCAAAUUUUGAUAGAUCGUUUCAACAAAACGAAGGUGUUUGCACAAAAACAAGGCAUUCCUGUCAUCAUGAAUUUUGGCAGCAUGGAACCAGGCGACGGCAUGGACGGUGUCACUUUUUCAAAAGUCGCCGCUGACGUUAAUCUACGGACGCAACUGAUUAAGAGGAUGCUCGAACUUGUCGAUGAGUACAAAUUUGAUGGAAUCGACUUGCGUUGGUAUUAUCCGGGCUGUAUUAUCUACGACUGUGUCAAAGGCAACAAGAAAGACAAGGAAAACUUGGUGAUAAUGGCCAAGGAGCUUUACCCAGCACUUAAGGUCAAGGGCAAACUAUUCUUUUUGCACGUGGGCAAAUUUGAUUCGAUUCUCAUGAAUGGGUAUGACAUGAACAUUUUAUGGAAUUUCGUCGACUACUUUUAUAUGACGACUUACGUCUAUGAAGACACCUGGAAAACCUCUUUGUUCCCCUCUACGGGCAUGCACAACCUUAUCUACUCCAUCGGUAUUAUCAAAGAUAAGAUUGGAGCGGCUCGCAUGAAGAAGGUGCUUGCCGGGGUGGCCUCAUUCGCUGCCCUGUAUGAACUUGUACAGAAAAACACAGUGCCCAGGAGUAAAUCUAGUGAAGUCACAAAAGGCAGAUUGGCAAACUAUUCAGAGGUUUGUCAGACCAUAAGGAAGAAAAAUUACUCUAUUUUAAAGGAUAACAAGACUAACAAUUACGCAUACAACGCGACGCACGUGUUUUCUUACGAUGACCUGAAUACUUUGACCGCAAAAAUUGAAUAUUUAAAAUCCGCUGGUGUGGUGGGAUUCAUUUUUGGCUAUAUUAGCAACGAUGACUGGAAGGACGAGUGCGGCUGUGGAACGAUGCCAAUCCUUAGGAUGACCGCCGAGCUGCUGCAUGGCGCCGGCUGCCCGCUCCGCCAGUGCGUGUAACCUGUCAGAAUUUUCAGCCCCUAUUUGUCCCAACCAACUUAUAAUUGUCCCUCUUUAUUAUACUUCAGUCGUGAUUGUGCUUCAAGUGGAUAUUAACGUAAUUUCGUCUCAAGGAAAUGCACGUCAGGACGACAAAAAGUAGAAAAACGCUUUUUGGUGGACAAAUUUGUGCUUUUUUACAUUCGGCUGAAGCGAUGGAAUUCUGCGACUAAAUUAAUGCAGCUUUUGUGAUACUUCUAUCAAGUACCUAAUUCUCUUUAAAAAUUGUAUUAAUUUGAAUUUAACUUAAAUGUUAUAAAUGGUCACGCUUUCAAAGCUUUAAUAAUUUUUAGAGCCGCGCGGCAAUCAAAGAAUAUAAUUAGAUUAAAAUUUCAAUUGUAAAUAACAUUCACAUCGUAACAUGAGAUUAAAAGUUAAUUCAUAUAUUUUGGUGAUGCCGUUCUGUCCAACAAUUCGCUGUCUCCAAACAAUUGAUUCUUUUCAACGU